AGACGAUUGUCCUGCGCCUAAAAUAGAAGAAAAAAAUAAAAUAAAAUAAAAUUGAAAGGUAGCAGCAAUUGCAUAUCCUGUUUGAACACCUAUCCAAUACAAAGCAGUUCCCUUUUUUUGAUUAUUUUCUGUUCCUUUGUUUCUUCUGAUCAGUGGAACCUCUUGUUGCUCUUCCAAGGGUUUUUGAGUGUUGUUUUGAAUUGCUGAAGGCCUGAAUCUGUAAACUACCUCCACAAUCCAUGGAUAAAGAUGCUGGUAUGGAAGAAACUAUUAAUUUGAGAAAUGGUGUGGAAUUGGCAACAUCUGUCGUUGAUAAGCAUCUUGACCUUCUGAGACCAUCUGCUCGAAGUUAUUCAAUUUUUAGAGGUCAAGCAACAGAUGGUGCAGACCAUGAAAAGGGCAAGUAUACCCUAAUUAGAGAUCCAGAGGACUACCAAAUGGGACUUUAUGACAAACCCCUUCCAUGUUAUGGAUGUGGAAUUGGAUGGUUCUCAUUUCUUGUUGGAUUUCUAUGUCCACCUCUGUGGUACUAUGCCACAAUUCUCUAUUUUGGGAAUUACUAUAGGAAGGAUCCAAGGGAACGAGCAGGCCUGGGAGCCUCUGCAAUUGCUGCGUUAGUAUGCUCUGUAGCAUUGCUGAUCAUAGGAGCUAUUCUUCUGUUGCGGUCCCUCUGAUCCUAAUUCCAGUACUGAGGUGAAAAUUGAGAAAGAUUAAGAUGGAUAUCAGAAACAAUUACAAUUGGACAAUGUAUAUAAGGAUUUCAAAAUAUGAAGAAAAGAAAAAAAUGCUUUAAGAUUGUUGGAGUAAAUCACGGCAAGAUAUCUGUAUAGGCUGUACCGCAAGUUGAGAGAAGGAUGAUAUAUCAUAGUCUUAUUUGGUUAAUUUAUGUAUUAAGUGUAUACAAAAUAAAUCUCACGGUAAAUCUUACAUGAUUUUUACUAUUAAAUUUUUUCAGACCAGAAGAUUUCCAUGUUGGUGA